UUCAUUGGGAGAGAAAGUCGCAGAUAAUUUUGCGCAGAUUUUAUCGUCGCGACAGUUACCUGUUUUUUUUGACGCAAAUAGCAUAACGAUAACUCUUCGACAAUGUCAAUGUUUAACAAAGGUCCUGUCUACGGUUUAUCAGCGGAGGUGAAGAACAAGAUCGCACAGAAGUAUGACCUCCAGAAAGAAGAGGAGCUGAGGAUUUGGAUUGAAGACGUCACUGGCAUUCCCAUCGGCUCUGACUUCCAGAAAGGCCUGAAGAAUGGCGUCAUUCUGUGCGAACUUAUCAACAAACUUGCACCAGACUCUGUGAAAAAGGUCAACAGUUCGAUGCUGAACUGGCAUCAGCUGGAGAACCUGACGAACUUCAUCAAAGCUAUCACAACGUAUGGUCUGAAGCCUCAUGAUAUCUUCGACGCAAACGACCUGUUUGAGAGCGGCAACAUGACGCAGGUCCAGACAACACUGCUCGCACUCGCUAGCAUGGCCAAGACCAAGGGCUGCCAUUCACGGGUGGACAUCGGGGUGAAGUACGCCGACAAACAAGAGAGGUUGUUUAAUGAGGAGAAGAUGAAGGCUGGACAGUGUGUCAUUGGCCUGCAGAUGGGGACCAACAAGUGUGCCAGUCAGGCAGGUAUGAAUGCAUAUGGCACCAGGAGGCACUUAUAUGACCCCAAAAAUCAAAUCCAGGCUGCCGUGGACAGCACAACCAUCAGUCUGCAAAUGGGAACCAACAAGGGGGCGAGCCAGGCUGGGAUGACUGCUCCAGGGACAAGGCGUGCCAUUUACGACCAGAAGCUGGGCACAGACAAGUGUGACAACAGCACCAUGUCUCUACAGAUGGGCUUCAGCCAGGGAGCCAACCAGAGCGGCCAGAACUUCGGCCUGGGGCGGCAGAUCUAUGACGCCAAAUACUGUCCUAAAGCUGGAGAGGUUGCAGACAAUCAGAACGGGGCAGGCGUUCCCUGCAACUACAUCCCAGAUUACCAAGACGAGGGUUACCAAGGUUACCAGGAAGAAGAGCAGGUGUACCAAGAGGAUGGGACAGAUUACUAGGAGGAAGGAGGGAGCUGAGGAAGGGAAAGAGAGGUUGCAUAAAGGAAGGAUCUGCUGCAAAUUUAUUUUUUAUAUCCAUAGGAUAUUGCACCGUUUUUUGGGGUCAUAUCCUUUUUAGUAUUGUCUGAAUAUGUUUCUUUACCCCUAUUUGUGCAAAACCAAUGUUACACAUAUCAUGAUGAACUGCAUUUCUGUGAUUUUUUUAUAUUUAAAGUGACCAUAAAAGCCAGUCUUCUUGGCUUGGAUAGUUUUCCGCCCCAGGAAUGUUUUAAAUGUGCCAAAGCCCGUCUUUUCUUAUUUCCCCCCAUAGUGUUUUUUGCUGACUCAUUGGUUACAUUAAGGGAGAUCCCUAGGUUUUUGUAGGGCAGCAUGAAAUGAAACUAAAGAUGAAACAUUAGGGAGUUUUUUUUUUAAUAAGACAGUGCAUCUCGGUUUGAACAAACCACCCAUGUUUGUGUUAAUGUGUAAUAGCUGUAUCAUCUGUGUAAACAACAUAGUUCCUGUGAAUGAAAAUGUACAUUUUUUCAUUUUUUUGUGUUUGUGACUUCUUCAGUAUCUUCUUCAUUCCUUCAGUAUUGAUCAUUGACGUAUACAGUCGUAAACAGAUUUGGUUGCUCAGACAGACGAGGAAACAAAAUGUUUUGUUUGUUUUUUUCAAGAACAAACCAGUCUCACCUUUUUUACUGUCUGUAGUUUUCUCUUUUUUUCAUGGAGGAAAUAUUUCCUUUGUUUUCAUAACCAGUCCAACUGGAGUUAAGCUUGUUUUCUUGGGAUUAAAGACGGUGGGGGAGGAUAAAAUAAUACUCAAGUGAAGUUUUGAACAUUCCAAGCAAGAAUACUGGAUUCCUUUUUUCAGUGAGUAAUGUUGAAGUGAUCAUUAUCAAAUAUUGGAUUAAAUGCAAACUAAUCAUAAAAUUAUAUUUGAUCAUUAUUAUUUAUGCAUAUUUGUAAUUUUUAAACAGGAACUGUUUUUUACUUUGUCCUCUGAAUAACAUUUGGAAUUGGACUAUACUUUUUCCUCUGGAAUAUUCUUUAUGCCAAUGAAAAAAUGUUUGAAUUGACAAGUAUGUCUUUGUGAAUACGGUGUAAUAAAGAUGUGUAUUCAUUA